AUGGCCAACAGCACCGUCUCUGAACCGUUCCCCAUCACCUUGACCAGCGGUAGAUACAUGGUCUACGAUGUUCAAACCAUUGCACACGUUCAGCGGAACCACGGCAUCGAAGGCGCAUCACAAGCACUCCAACAGUACAACCCUCUCGAACUCAGAUCUGAAGACGUCGCAUUACUAGUCAACAAAGGCGCCGCCCAGAUUAUCAGAGACGACAAGAGCAAGCCACCACAAUCACCUUCAACUGCGCCAGUGUCACCAAACGGCGUCCCCAAGAUCGCUACGGCCAGCGACAAUACACAAGACAACUGGAAUGAUAUUCCUGAAGAUAUGUUUGCGUCGCGAGGAAGGCCAAACAAGACUAAAAAGACUCGCAACCGCCUCGGCGUUUCACCUAUUCCUUCCACUGCGCCAGGAAGCCGUACCGCUAGUGUUGGUGGGCUUCAGCCUGGCCCGCCUACAUUGAGGCCUACCGCUUCGCAGCCAAUGUUGCGUCCGCCGCCUCCGCCUUCACGACAGACCUACUCUUGA